AUGGCUAAGACAGAGAGCAUCACGGGCGCUGAACUUGUCGCCAGAAGCAUUGAGGCUCUGGGUAUCACUACGGUCUUCGGCCUUACAGGCUAUCCUGUAACGGCUGUCCUGGAGCAAGUCAUCAAUCAUGGCAUCAGAUAUAUCGGCUUCCGAAACGAACAAGCGGCCUCUUACGCUGCGACUGUCUACGGGUACCUGACCGGCAAGCCCGCGUGCUGUAUUGUUGUCGGCGGACCAGGCGUUGUUCAUGCACUCGCUGGUGCGGUCAACAGCAGCGCCAACUGCUUCCCUCUUCUACUCCUGGCGGGAUCAUGUGAGAGCUAUCUGGUAGGGAAGGGUUCUUUCCAGGAGCUGGAUGCCGUUUCCAUGCUGUCACCGCAUGUGAAAGUGGCCUUGCGUCCACCAAUGCUGGAAGGCAUCCCGUCAGCCAUUCGCCAUGCGUACAGAUUGGCUUGGUCAGGUCGACCAGGGACAGGAUUCGUUGACUUACCGGCAGAUUUUCUGCAGAGGACUUUCGACGGCCACGCCGUGGACCUGCCGAAGGUCAUUAGCCAGCUAGCGGUUCCGUCUCCCAGCGAAGCAAAGGUCGUGAAGAUUGCGGAGGCCCUGAGAUCAGCAUCCGCGCCACUGCUGGUUAUAGGAAAAGGCAGUUCGUACGCUCGCGCCGAGAACGUGCUGCGCAAGCUUGUCGACUUAACACAGAUACCAUUUUUACCAACACCCAUGGGCAAAGGAGUGGUACCGGAUUCUCACCCUUGCAACUCAUCCUCCGCUCGGUCCACUGCACUGCGGCAUGCGGAUGUUGUCCUGGUCUUCGGCGCCAAGCUGAACUGGAUACUUCACUUCGGCGAGGCUCCAAAGUGGAACGCGGAUGCUCGAACAAUACAGAUUGAUGUUGAUCCCGAUGUGAUCGGACAAAAUGCCGGUGACGAAGAGCUCGGCGUCGUGUCUGAUAUCACUGCCUUCGUGCAGAAGCUGCUUCCUCACCUCCAAGGGUGGCAAUACCCGGCAUCGUCACAUUUCCGUCAACUGCUUACCAGUGAGAAAGCGAAAAACGAAGGGAAAUUGGCGAAAGCAGCCCAGCUCAAGACGGAGCCUCUGAAAUUCGAACACGCCUUCCACGUCAUAAGAAGUACUCUCGACGCUGUCUCCCCUCCCUCGGAUGGUGGCAUCGUCUACGUCUCGGAAGGCGCUCGCACGAUGGACACCUCGAGAGCAUGGUUCUAUCAAGAAUAUCCACGCCUGCGCCUCGACGCUGGAACCCAUGGGACAAUGGGCGUCGGCUUUGGGUAUGCUAUCGCCGCGUGGGAAGCGUACAAUGGCCCGCGUGCAGAAGCAUCUUCAGGCAAGGCCGGCAGGAAGAAGAUCGUUGGUUUGAUUGGCGAUUCGGCGACGGGAUUUUCUGGGAUGGAGAUCGAGACGAUGGCGAGAUGUGGACAGGACUGCCUUAUCUUCGUCAUGAAUAACGGAGGAGUCUAUCAUGGCCAUGCAGACAGUCAGCAGGAGUAUGCAGCGCAGCAAAAAGCAUCCGCUGAUGGUCGUGGCGCCGAAGGACUUCGCAGCUGGAGUCUUCGGUUCGAGACACGGUAUGACAUGCUCGCUGACGCAGUUGGAGGGAAAGGGUAUCUGGUCCGUACUUCGGAUGAGCUGCAAAGGGCGGCGGAAGAGGGUUUUAAGGCGAGGGUCCCUGUCAUUGUCAAUGUUCUGGUGGAAUCUGGGAAAGGUUCAGUUGCUGCAAGUCUUCACUUGCGAUGCCUGACGCCUCGCGAUCUAAUCUUCUUGCAGGUAUUUGGCUUUCAGGUGCCAGAGAAGGCAGAAGCUCAGAGCAAGUCUGUACCAGAGUCAAAACUGUGA